UACAUUGUUAUUCAUCAGGGCGAUAAUCACAGGGCAUUAGCCCUAGCCUUUUAUGUAGACAGGGAUACUGCACGGAACACAGGAAGGCUGGUUCAUUGACCGUUUUAAAAGAGUGGGUUCGCCACUGGGUAAUUGAUCGUAAACUGACAAUCAUGCUACUACGUACAUCUGUUUAGGGGAGUAUCCUGUCGAGGGGUUGUGGGUGGUAAAAGCCGGUCUUCAGAAGUGAUAAGGUCGUGCUACGGUAAGGAGGUGCGGAUCAGGGGCUCUCUGUAUUCAACUUGUUCAUCACGCAUUAUUGCUAUUCCUCUGCCUUUCUGGAACGCCUAUCUGGAGAGUUGGCCACUCGCAUUGGGAUUGGACUUGCGGAUCUUUAACAGUUUGUUUUACGAAGUGCCAAGUGGUUGUUGGUAUUACCCAGGGUCUUUAACAGGUGCAGUGGUGUGGAAUAUACCUGGAGAUUUCUCUGUCAUCAGAAGAAGAAAAACAUAUACCUCAUUAUUCAGAUCCACUGUAUACGUCGACGUUUGAAGAUCGUUAUUGAUACUAAAUGACAAUAACUUAUUCAAAAACAGUUUCAAGCAUUGCCGAUCAGUCUUUGUUUGAAUAUAAGUAGAAAAACUCUGAGCUAAACAUAUUUGUGCAACACGCGGACACAUUAAUCACUUGAAGAAGCACGUGCAAUGCCAUUUUAUCAUCAUUUCAAUGGCCUUUGAAAUCAAUUUGACGGUUUGAAUUGAGUCUGCCCUUGAUUGUUCCUGAAUUUAUUUUCGACAGCUUCCACAUUUUGACGAUCAAACUUCUUGAAGAUGUUGCCAGCAAGCGUCGGCCGGACAUCGGCCUGCCGUAUGGCCUCAAUGGCACAACAGAUCCUGCACAGACAUGUCGGUACAAUGGUCACAUCAGAACAUCUGGAAGACGCCAAGCCCUACGAUGAGAUCCCAGGUCCCAAAGGAGUACCUUUCUUCGGCUCACUCUUCGACUACACUGGUUUGGGCCCUUACAAAUUGGACAAACUGCAUGAAGCCACCGUGGACAGAUUCCGUAACUUUGGCCCCAUCUUCAAGGAAACCCUGGCCGGUGUCACCCACGUACACAUUAUCGACCCCACCGACGUCCGGGAGCUGUUCAGAAACGAGGGGAGGAGUCCGAAGAGGACACCAAUAGAUGCCAUGGUCAAAUAUAGGAGGACACGGAAAAGACACAUCGGCAUGGCAAACACAGAAGGCGAGGAGUGGCAGAGGCUUCGCAAACCUGUCCAGCAUCUUCUGAUGAAGCCUCAGAGUGUGUACGCCUAUAUUCCCAUCAUGGAAGAGUGUGCAGACGACUUCGUAACACUGAUGAAGGAAACGCAAGACGUCGAAUCGCAAGAAGUACCGGAAUUCAACCACAAAAUGCAGAGGUGGACGCUAGAAUCCGUAUGUGCCAUCGUCUUUGACACGAGGAUGGGGUGCCUGAACACCGGGCUUGAUAACAACCCUGAGGCCUUAGAUAUGAUCGUCUCGGUGUCCAACUUCUUUGACAGUCUCAAAGACCUUACCUUCAGCUUUCCCUUCUGGAAGUUCGGCAUCACCACCAAGGCAUGGACAAAGUUCACCGAAGCACAGGACUACUUUUUCGGAAUGUCGAAAAAGUAUGCCACAAUAGCACUAGAUAGGAUGAAGGCAGCUGUCGGGACUAGUACUCAAUCAGAAUCAGAGGGAACCUUCCUCGAAUGCCUCCUAGCCAGGAGAGACUUUGAUAUUGAUAGCCUGUGCGACCUCAUGAACGACCUCAUGAUCGCAGCGGUUGAAACGACGGCGAGUACCUUGGCUUUCAACUUGUACUGCUUAGCUAAGAACCCAGAGGUCCAAGAGAGGGUGUUUCAAGAGAUUAACCAAGCCAUCCCACCAGGAACAAAGAUCACGGCUCAGUCGUUACAGAAUCUUCCAUACCUCAAGGCCUGCAUCAAAGAAACUGUCAGGGUCUUCCCAACUGUUGAUGGAACAAACAGGAUACCAUCAAGAGAGAUCGCUCUUGCAGGCUACAGAAUCCCUCCUGAUACCAUUGUGAGGAUUCACUGCAUUGCGGGUCUCAUGGAAGAGUACUUCCCCUCACCAGAGAAGUUCAAACCAGAAAGAUGGCUGAGAGGCGAUGCAGAGUGUGAGAACAUUGACCCAUAUCUCAUCCUUCCCUUCGGUUAUGGUUCCAGGAUGUGCACGGGCAGGCGGAUGGCCGAACAGGACCUUUACAUCAUGCUGAUCAAGAUCGUUCAGAACUUCAAGAUUGAGUGGCACCAUGAGGAAGACAUGGAACUUAUCUUCAGACUCACCAACGUUCCUGACAGGCCUGCACAGUUCAGAUUCGUUAGUCGGACAUGAUAUUCUCCAUUAAAAAAAAACACUUGAAACCAAGUAGAACUAUGUACUUGUCUACCAUCGUGUUUCUGUUUGAUUAUCGUACAUAAUGUGGCAAGGCUAGCAAGCAACAACUGACCAUUAUUCUCCAUCACAGCAUUUAAGCUGAAAAGGAUACAGCAUCAAUUUUUCGCAUCUAGAUGAUCUUGUGCAGCUGUCACUGUGUUAUAAAUUCAAAGACAAUGGAUGCAUGAAGCAAUGGUUUCCUUCUUGAUUUGCCGUCAACAUUUCAGUGUCGAUCUUUGGCCUUCAAAAGAUCACAUUGUAUCCUUUGAGGUAAUGUCUGCAAGGCCUUAAGUGAGUUCUGCAAACUCAUUUCAUGGACAUUGUCCUCGUCAAUUGUUGGCAUUACAGACUGUUGGGAUCAAUUUGUGUCAGCCGAGUUGUGACCUGAAGGUUGCAACGUCCUUUCAAUGACCAACACCGGGAUUGUCACUAGAGAAUUCUGCUGUUCAGGAAAGUUGCAUGGUCAACAGGACCAAAGACAUCAUCAGCUGUAUCAAGUUCAAGAACUUGUUGAGAAUGUUUACUCUCUGAAAACAACUGGUCUGAAUUAUUGUUAAAAUAAGGAGGCAGGGGAACGUCCUCAAGUCACAUGAAGAAGUCUCUCCUAUAUACAAUGUUUUCCAUCGGAAUAUUGACACUGAUAACGGGAGAGCGAGAGCAACUCCUCUGAACAAACUUGUCUUGCUGUGCUUUUGUACAAAAUAACUACAUCUUCCAAGUACUGUCCUAAAUUCGCGCAAAUUGUGGUACAUGUAUAUUGUAUAGAAUUUAUAUGUAUGAACAAAAAAACUUAUCUUAUAUAGGUCUAUAUUCUUUCAGUUAUUUCGAUGAUCAUCUGUACAUGUACAUGUGACAACAAAAAAAUUUGCAUAUGCAUGUAAGUGCCUAAAAUUGCUGUAUCAUUUUGUUUUAUUUUAACAUUAUGUUUCAAUGUUUGAAUAUUAGAGAACAUUUUCAAUGAACAAAUGUAUGUUUGUGUAGUUUCUUCAGCAAUGUAUUCGUAACAACCCAGCUUUUUUUUUUGCAGCGUUCAAGCAACUCAAAGUGUUUUUGAAAUGAUAGAGAAUGCACUAAAGAGCGAAACAGGUUAGAAUCAUGAAUGCAGUUUUACAUGUAUUAAGUAAUAAAGGGAUCUUAUCUGACUCAAUGAUCUCUCGCUACAGCUUUUUCUUUGCAACCUAUCUACAGCUUGGCGCUUUAUAGGUUGUUUUAGCUAAAGACAAGUAAAAUUUAAAGAGACAGGGAUUCUAAAAUUCUAUCUGCGUCAUGCAUUAAGUGCGUUAAAUGAUAUACGACUCUUUGUUUUC